CAGGCUAUACGAGAUGGUGUUAUAGAAGCGAGAAUAGACCAUGAGAAGGGUUACGUCCAAUCGAAAGAGACUAGUGAUAUUUACGGAACCAGAGAACCAAUGGCUGCCUUCCAUCAACGUAUCAGUUUCUGUCUUGGAAUACACAAUCAUUCUGUUAAGGCGAUGAGAUUUCCACCAAAGUCAUACAACAAAGAUCUAGAAUCAGCUGAGGUUAGUACAGAAUUUUUUCUGGGUGUGAGAACAGUUUGGGCUGGGGGUGGGGAAAUAUGGAACUAG